AAAGAAGAGAGAGAUAGAGAUCGGGCUCGAUGGGGAGAGGAAAGAUAUUGAUAAGGAGGAUCGAUAAUUCAACGAGCAGGCAAGUGACGUUUUCGAAGAGGAGGAAUGGAUUGUUGAAGAAGGCGAAGGAGCUAGCGAUUUUGUGUGACGCGGAGGUUGGAGUCAUCAUCUUCUCCAGUACUAGCAAGCUCCAUGAUUAUGCAAACACCAGCAUGAAAUCAGUGAUUGAAAGAUACAACAAAGCAAAGGAAGACAACACUAAUAAAUUGGGAGAUCCAAGUUCUGAGGUCAAGUUUUGGCAAAGGGAAGCUGCGCUGCUGAGGAAACAACUAGAGAACUUGCAACGGAAUCAUCGAAAAAUGAUGGGUGAAGAGCUAUCUGGAUUGAAUGUCAAAGAAUUACAAAACUUGGAAAAGCAACUUGAAAUGAGUCUGCGUGGUGUCCGUGUGAAAAAGGUUUGA